AAGUUUCAUCAAGUUAACAGCAUCCAGUUUCCAUAUCGUUCUAUAUUUUACAAAGAAUUUUUAAGUUUUAUUUCUCAAGAAAAAAAAUGGUGUCCUUUGGCGGCGUGGCAAAACUUUUGAGUAGCUUCGAGUGCAGUGCCAGUUCGUGGGUCAAAGCCGUGAAUCCCGGAUGGUACGAGGCUCGUGAGAUUCCAAAGACCAUCCUGAUCCAGAAAGUGCGACAGGUGGCGGAGAACACCAGGGUCAUUCGUCAGCGACCCCAAACAGCAGAGGCGCCCAAGAAAGCGCCCAAUCAGAGGCGCCAACUAAAUCUUUAAGCUCCAAGGAGAUAGGGAUAUAAUCAGUUAUUGAUUUAAAUGUUUUAAUCGAAUGCUGAUUGUGUUGAGUUGUCUCGCUGCCGUCAUCGAUUUCAGCAUUUUGCCUGCACCACGACACGGCCACACUGAGUCGGUGCCGAGUUUUUGCUUCGCGAGCAGGUGGUGUUGUCCAAUCAGAAUCACCGUCGACGGCACGAUUAACACAAAAAAAAGAAAAAAAAUUCCAAUAGAACAGCCGAGGGCGCUUAUUUAUGUGUGUUCAUGUUUAAUGUUAAAUGCAAAAUUACGCGUCGCACGCUGCGCCCACGCGAAUUCGAAUCCGCAUCCGAUUGUUCAGUGCAAACACACACCAACAACCAAGUGAAUAUAAUAUGUAAGCGAAAGGCAAGAAGCCAGCAACAAAGCGCCAGUGAUAAGCGCAAUAAUAUAAAUGCAAUAUAUGUAGUAUAAAUUCAACGUGAAAAGAAAUCUCGCCAGGCGAAAAAAAAUUAAAAUAAAAGCGGAGGCAGCGACAAAAUGGAAAUCAAGUAAAAUGAAGAAGAGCGGAGAGAUAGAAAUCGUAAUGUGUAAGCGGGACCAGAGCGUAUGAAAAAAUCGAAAAAAAAAGAAAAACAACGUUGGAGCGAAGAUUAAAUAAAUUUACAAGUGUGUUUUGUAUUUGACCA